CCUGGCGGGAGCGCACGCGGCUGCGGGAACAAUGGGGCUGGGUGCGCGGGGGGCCUGGGCCGCGCUGGCCCUGGGGGUGCUGCUGGUCAUGGCGCUGCUCAAGGCUGCCGUGGACGGGCUGGACUCGGCGGGGGGGUCCUCAAGCUCAGAGAGUGCUGCAUUGCGAGGGAACUCCGCUAACCAAACAGUGAAUCUUCCAGUACAGCCUCCCAGCACUACCAAGCCAACAACCACAGGUUCCUCGGUCUCCCUCAUGGGGACUCUCACCACCACCACCACCACCACUACCACCACCACCACCACCACCACCACCAUCUCGAAACCUGGAACAAAACCAACAGUCCCUCCAGUCUCGAGCACCGUGAAUGUCAAUGUCACCACCUCGAAAACCGCAACACCGUCUACAGUACCAACAGUGAAAUCAACAACCACAAAGUCGACACCCCAAACGACGAGUUUGAAGACCACAUCCCAGACGUCAACUUCCACUGCCCACUCUAGCACAGACACAUCUGCUUCUUCAUCGAUGACAAUCACAACAACUAUUAAUUCCAAAGAAAAAAAAGGAUCCAAGUUUGACAUUGGCAGUUUUGUUGGUGGUAUUGUAUUAACAAUGGGAGUAUUAACUAUCUUUUAUGUUGGAUGCAAAGUGUAUUAUUCAAGAAGAGGCAUUCGCUAUAGCACCAUCGAUGAACAUGAAGCCAUCAUCUAAACAACUGAGGACCAAUGGGAAGAAGAGUGAUGCAGACCUAUCAAUUUGGUUUAAUGUUCAGUUCUUAAAACAGCAUACACAAGCCAGGCAGAUUAACGUACGAUAUAUUAUAUAAACAUGUAAAGAGUUUCCUGAUACAGGUCAAGGGUUUGGGGAUUGUUUGUGAACGGUUAGCUCAAAGGUAAUAUUCACUUUCACUAACACCAGACCAGUCCCAUUUCUAAGUGGCAUUGGAUCUGUAACUGGAAGACAAUGCCAGCUAAACAUAAAUAAGAAGCUUGUCACAGAGCAGAAAUUUCAUAAGUAAACAAGGUCAUACAUAUAAUUUUAAUUCUUUCUAAAAAGUAUCAAUAUAUUGUUACAAGGCUUAGCGCUUGGUUUAGAAAUUGUACGCAUGUGGCAUCGAUCCAAUACAACUGGAAAUAAUACCUGGAUUUUAGUCCGGAUGGAAAGUCUUUAGACAAAUGUAUUUUUAAAAACUUUGAGUUUUCAAUGGAGGUUAGUAUUUUCCUUAAAGUGUCAGUAAAUUGUAAUGUUUAACAUAGUGUCUAGAGUAAGAACUAGAUUAUUUGCUGCUCUAAGAAUAUUGUCACCACUGGAAAUUGCUUUAUUUCAUUUGUAGCUGUCAUUUAGUACAUUAUUUGUUAUGUGGAGCUGCUUUCAUUAUCUAGAAAUGUCUAAUGCAGUGUCUCAAGGCAGGGAUUGUGGGGCAACAUUUUCCGUGCACUGUGAUUUCACUCCAAGACAGCAUCUCUAGUAAACAGCAAUGUGUUCUAGAUUAUUCCAACUGAGGAGACCCUUUCAGCACAGGAGAGAAAGCACAGUAUUGCAAAACACCAUAUAAGCCAAUGUAUUUUUAAGUAUUUUUAGUUUAUACUCAAAACUCAGGGUCAAGUAUUGAAGGUAAAUAUGUCUAUCUUAGGGAGUCAAAGUAAACUGCACCAAAAUGACCGAAAAGUCCUAAUGAACACGUUUAACAGGAACCAUACAUAACUUUUGUGACCGGCCUUUUGGUUUGUAGAAUGCCCUAUAGAGUUGAGUCUAUGAGUUCUCUAUGAAUAAAUUAUAAAUUUAUAGAGAAUUUAUAGAAUGCACUCACUGUGCCUUAGGUCGUUAGGUAACAGAUGCACUGUGUUUGGAUUACUUGGGAAGAGAUGUGGGCUUAAAGAGCCACAUCAGUAACAUACAAUUUACCUAACUGGUCUUUUGGCCAGUGCUUUUAAUUCUUUGCAAGAUGUAUUUUUUUAGUAAAGGGCCUUUUAAAUCUGUCUGCUGCAUUCUUGGUAUUUCAGAACUUAGUAGAUAAGCUAAAGUUUUCUUGAACACUUUUAAGACACAUAAAACCAUUUUCAAAGUACAUUUGCCUUUAAAACUUACUAUACUUUGAAAUAGCUUAGUUAUAGUAUUUACCUAUAAAUUCAUUGCAGCAGUUUUUUGUGUUUUUUUUUUUUCCUUUUGGGUCACACCCAGUGAUGCUCAGGGGUUACUCCUGGCUUUGCACUCAGGAAUCACUCCUGGCAGUGCUUGGGGGACCAUAUGGGAUGCCGGGGAUCGAACCCAGGUUGGCCGCGUGCAAGGCAAACGCCCUACCCGCUGUGCUAUAGCUCCAGCCCCUGCAGCAGGUUUUUUUUGGUUUUUUUUUUUUUUGCAAACAUUGAGGGAAACAGUGAGAUACAAGUCUUUAUUUCUUUCGGUAAAUGUCUCCCAAAUAUGUGCUUGUUUUACUAAGUUACUUGAGAAUUUAUUUUCUUGAGGAUAAGAACAAUCCAGAUGAAUGUCAAAAUAGGGGGAAAAAAAUCUGACUUGAUAAUUUCCUUGGAUAAUCCAUAGUUCAAAUACAGAUAAAAUUAAGUUCCUACUUUUUUGCAUUAUAACGACCAGCUUUUGAUAUUGUUACUGAGAUCUAUUUUUAGAAUAAAAGUU